CUCUGCUCCCAAAGCCCAGUCACUCAGAAGAAGCCGAAGCCUGUUCAGUGACCAUCUUUGCAUGCAUGACACCAAUUUUUCACUCAAAAUAAAUGUGUUUUUUUUCUGAGAUUCAUUGCAUUUCAAUUCUUUGUGUGUUGUUUCUUCACUCAUUUUAGGUUUCUGAAGUAGCAAGUGUUCCCAUAAAUCCUUUGAAAAAUCAAGUUAUAACGCAUGAUGGGUUUGUUUAAUUCACCAACGCCUACAAAAGAACGAGGUUUUGGAUCUUCCUCCAACUCUAGCAGAGCUUGUGGUGCGUUAGUGCCUCAUAUUUUUCCAAAUGAAGUUGAAUAUCGUAAUGCCACUGUAAUGCGUGCUAAAAGUGCAUCUGAAUUCAUUAAGCUUAAUGCUCCUAAUAGCAGUGCUAAGGAUAUGCACAAAGUGCCAAGCUUUGGCCAAUCAGUUUCUGCUGCUACUAAUACCAGUGUUUUUGGUAAGAAGAGGAAGUACAUGGAAGAAUGUAAGCCAUUGGUUUCAGUUGAGAAAUGUAGUGGAACUUCCAAAAGAACUAGCAUUAGCUGUACAUAUAAACAAAAUGAGGAUUUUGUGAAUCAAAAUAGUAGAGUUUGCUCUAAGUAUUUCAAACCUAUUGAUAGUCCUCGAAAGAAAGUGGAGGCGGCUUUGAAUCUAUUUAGAGAGUUCUUGAGCAAGCGCAAGAGAGAACUGAAAUCAAAGUCAAAAUUUAAAAGUGGGGCAACCAACACUGCUUAUAGAGCAGCAGCAAUGGAUCUUCGAUGGGAACGAAAAUGGGUUAACGAAGAAAAACGAAUAGGAUCUGUUCCUGGAAUUGAAGUUGGUGACAAGUUUGAGUGUUCAACUGAACUGAAUGUUAUUGGUCUUCAUCGUCAAUUUCAGAAUGGUAUUGAUUUCAUGAUGAAGGAUGGAGAAAAAUUAGCCACAAGUGUUCUUGCUUCCGGUCGUUAUGCCAAUCACAAGAUAUCAUCUGAGGUAUUGGUUUAUUCAGGUCAAGGUGGGAAUCCAAGGGCUGGAAGAAUUGAACCAAAAGAUCAGAAGCUUGAACGUGGAAACCUUGCUUUGAUGAAUAGCAUGGAAACUGGAACUCCUGUAAGGGUAAUUAGAGGCUUUGAAGGUUCUAAGGCUUCGAAAGGCAUGAGAUACAUCUAUGAUGGCUUGUAUGAUGUGGAUAAAGUUACACAAGAACGAGGAGAAUUUGGUAAGCUUGUAUUCAAGUUUGAGUUGAUAAGGAUUCCGGGGCAACCGAAGCUUACCAUAUAGAGGAUGAAUAUGGUAAAUGUUUUCCAGUUUAGCAAUGUUAAGUAGAAGUUUUCUGUUUUGUUUUUGUUUUG